AUGUCGGCAGCUAAUUUAUUGGGAGACUUAUCAAGUGAUGAGGAUGAGAAUCCAAGUCAGGAGUUUGAAUCCCCCGACUUGACUAUGGAAGAUGGAGCCCUCGAACUUGAAUCGGAAGAGGUUGUGCGAAGAGCCUCUCUGCAUCUGAAAGGUAUCCAGAAAACUAUUGAGGGCAUUGAAGAGGCGCAAAGUAUGGAGAUUGACCAGAUUGAUAAAGCUUCAGAAGUAGCCUUUCUGGGGAAGGCAAAUAGUCAACUUGACGAAAUCGCAAACGAUAUAGUAGAGAUUCACAACUUCUUGAGGAUCCAUUACACCCCGGUUUUUCCUGAACUGAGUUCUCUUAUAGGCAACCCUAUAGAAUAUUGCAAGAUUGUGCGGAUAAUACAAAACAAUCUUGAGCUUGCAUCUGAUGAAAAUUCCCGGCUGAAAGAAUUUCUUUCUGGCGAUAAGAUAUUGGUGAUAUCGAUGUCCUCCUCAUUGCUGAGACAAUCUCACCACGACGUCCGUCUCAGCGAAAGGGAGAUGGCCGUUGUUGUUGGGGCUUGUGAUCUUGUUAUACAGCUAGACACUGCUAAGUUGGUGAUCACACAAUACAUUGCUUCAAGGGCACCCAUACUUGCUCCCAAUCUGACCGUGUUGUUGGGACCUGUGGUGGCAGCUCAGAUGAUAUCCACCUUGGGCAUACAAGGACUGGCCACUGUUCCGGCCUGUAAUUUGGCCUCUCUUGGAUCGAACCGGGUGGUAGGCACAGGGAUUGGUGGAGGUGGUAUAAGGAACAAAGGCUACAUAUAUUCGGCAGAGAUUGUUCAAAAUGUUCCGGAGGAGUUCAGACAAAAAGCCAUGCGUAUGUUGUCUGCAAAGGUUGUCCUGGCAGCUAGGGUGGAUUUGUCUACCAAGACAGACCUGAACACAUAUGCUGGAGACCUUGGAGAUAAAUGGAGACGGGAGCUGGUGCAGAAGCUAGAUAAAUUUCAGGCUCCCCCGGAUAACGCAGCCACUAAAGCUCUGCCACUGCCAGUGACCGCUCCCUCUAAGAAAAGAGGCGGUAGACGUUUCCGGAAACUCAAGCAACAGUUCGAAAUGUCAGAACUUGCCAAAGCCCAGAAUAAAAUGGCUUUCGGUGAUCAAGAAGAAACCAUCACCAAUGCUUAUGGUGAAGAAAUUGGUCUUGGCUUGGCUGGCAAGAACUCAUCAAGUGGGGUGUACAGGGCCAUAAGCUCAAGUGCUACUACGAAGGCCAAGAUGACGAAAGCAAUGGAGAAGAGGUUGAAUAAAGCUUUAGAGAUGGGAGAAGGCAACAGUAAUCUAGUGAGGACUCUUUUAUCGAGUGACAAAUAG